GUCGUCGUGUUGAGGCGUGUUUUACUCCUUAGGCGACAAAAUUAAGUUGGAAGGAAAAAAAACAACCAGGAAGUUUAACCGAGAAGGAAACGUUGUUGGAUCGGCGGAAUACUGGACUUAAACAAACCUUUUUGAAGAAUAUAAAACACUUGAGAAGCCUGAAACAAACUUGAUCCAUUUGGUUCCGGUCGACGGGCAUCGACUCCAACAAGAUGAACAUUGAUCCGGUAGGUCCAAAAUGUUCCAGCUUUUGUUGUUGUUGAUCGGAAAGUCUCUCCGCCGUCUCAAUGAGUAACGUCAGACCCAGCACGCAACAGGUGAUCCCAUAACUUCAGAUUCACCUGUUGAACUUAUCAUUAAAGUAAAGUUAGUGAGUGAGCGCUUUAACUUGUGUUAGAGGUUCAGAGAAGUUACAUACCGUUCGAACAAAAUGGCCUAAUUACACCUGCUGCUGCUCUUAGUCCAUACAGUCCAGGAUGGAAAUGCUUUUAAAACUAGUUUAAUACGAUUAAUAGGUUUUAAAAUAACAGCUAUUAUGAGGGUUACUGCUGUACUAAUCACCAAACUCUAAAAGUGUUUUCUUUUCUUUUAUGCAUGACUGUUGGUUAAACCUGGCACCUUGAAGUAAGCCAAACCCCACACAACAAUGCAGAGACUUCAUGUUAAUAUGUUUGUUUACCGGAAAAGAUAAAACUAGGCCUGUGCCAUAUUUUUAAGCUUCAUAAUUAUAAUUCAUAAACAAGUCUGACAAAAACUUACAUCUGGUCAGUCUAGACUAGAUGAGACAUAGUGGUUGGUCAUGCUGGUAGGGGAGAGUGGGGUAAGUUGAGCCAAAGGGUAAGUUGAUCCACCCCGUGUUGCUUGGAAAUGGUGAAAGAAAUUGAUCAUGUGACCAAAUAUUUAAGAGAUGGGCAUCAGUUCAUGGAGUCUGUGAAGGUUAGAAGGACAUAGGUGAAGGAGUCAGACAUUUAUUUACAACAACAAAAAAAAAAUUUCACUCUUGAAAGUGAAGUUAGUCUGUCAUAAGUUUUAUUAGAAUUGUGUUCAGACCAAAAAAGAUCACAUUAGAUUUGUUUUAUACAUAAAUUGUGGUAUCUAUGAGCUACAACAUGAGGUCUAAAACCACCAUUUUAGCUUAAAGGACUAAUAAAGUCAUGAUUGUCGUUCAGGGGUAACUGAGAAAGUAAAGGAGUCUGAUGAGAGGAUCAGAGUUUCAGUUCAGAUUGUUGAAAUGUUUGACUUUUUCUUUUCAAAAAUACAGAUCUGUGAAUGUUCUGAAUCACUUAAAGACAUUCUCAUGUUAAAAUGACUUUUUAAAAAACAGCUUUUUAGCAGUUAUAUGUAUUAAUAAUAAAAAGAAUUCUUGUACCAGUUGAAUAGUGUAUAAAAAUACACAUGAAUGUGAAGAAGUGACUGUUAUUUAGAGAAAGAGAAGGUAAGGGAGGGCUGGGGUUUAGAGUGGGGGGUAGUAGGGAUACGGCUCAACUUACCCCAUACACAGGGUAGGUUGACCAUAGGAGACCACUUUUUUUGACAUGCUAUCUUAUCAAGUCAGUUAUUUUUACACUCAUUCUGUUGGUUUGCAGGGAUGAACAACAUCUUCAAAUAUAUUCAGAUACACUAGUUGGAGAUAAAACUAUGAUUGUCUUGAUGUAGUGAUCUGAAAUAUGAAAAAUGGCUCAUCUUACCCCACUCUCCCCCACUGGAAUGUGUUAUAUUAAAAGGUCCUUAUAUUUUUCCACUACAUUUACAAACAUGAGUGGGGGCAAAAUAUUAAGAACACCUGUAAAAAUCCACUCCACAGCUUCAACCUUCAACAGUAUUCAUAAAACAUAUAUACAUACGCUAUUCAUUCAGUUUAGUUGAUAAGCCACGAGAAGUAUUUGCCUGUGGCCUCAUCGUGGUGCCUCGAGAAAUAAAACUGCACUCUCUGCAGGUGUUCAGUUCAAAUCACUCGACAGAUUAGUUAGCUCGCAUUUGACUAGAAUAGGAGAUACGCAGUGGUUAGUUUUUGCAGCGUACGCCAACGUAUGGGAAUAUCUUUUGGCUUCUUUGUUUCAGAAACAUUUUUCAUUUCUCUUUUUCUCCUUAAAGUUUCCUCAUGCUUUUCAAAGCUUAACGUGUCAUCUGCAGAGAAAAAGCCACCGUACUAAAUCAUAAAAAGUUUAAAAUUAUUUUCCAUGCAGAGUAGAGAAAUGCACUUCUUGCAUAAUUCAACAUCUCCCACAGUUUUAACAGAGGAAUUAUACUUCUAUAUAGACUUUUACGUACUUAAUGAUAGUAUAGCUCUAUUUGUCUCUGUGAAUGCUGAUAUUUGAUAGCUGUUAACCAUCCAAUGAGCCUCACUAACCCAAAAUGAAUGCUGGUAUCAGGAGAAAGAAUCAGUCUUGCAGGGAGAGUUAAAAAAAAGUGAUAGGAAUGCAAAUAAAAGUGAUAACACAGGAGAAACGGAAAAUUAAGCUCCUAAAAUACUAAAAGCAGGUCUGUAGAUGUGAAUUCGAUGAUACUACAUGAACUAACAGCUCUAAAGGAAAUGGAGCCGAGGGGGAGAAGAUCAGGGCGAUGAGCGGGAGGGCAAACGGAAGGUGACGCUGCAAAACUAACUCUGUUUCCUAGAGACAGCUCUGUUUACACCCUGAUGCUGACUCAUGGGACAUGGCAGACAUUGUAUGCAUAUCACCAGGAACAAACAUCACACUGUUGAUAACCAGCUCAACUUUUUGGCAUUGAAAUCCCACUAUGAACUGUUUCCAGACAACUGCUUAUCCUUACAAUUAGUUAGGAAGUGUAUAGCAGUAACUGGAGAAGUAAGAAGAAUAACGGUGAGUCGGCUGUGCUGUCACGUGCAGCAGCUCACAGGACUGAAUGGUCUCUCAAAGCCACUAACAGUUGUCAUGCACGCUCAAAGAUAAUACCACUCUCACCAUCCAAAGCACACACAUCUUAACAAUUCAAAGACUUGCCAAGUCCAGUUGAGUGUUACAAGGAUUAAGUGACUCAUAAUUUUUUCUUGUUUUGCCACAAGGUUGAGAAAAGCCUCAUAGUGCAAUCUGUGCGCUACAAUACUUAUAUAACAGCUAUGACUGUCUUUGUUGGGUAAGGUCUGGGUGUUACAGACAGGUGUUAACGUGUGUUUCCAACUCCUGUUCUUCAAUCAUCUUUGUUUCCAAUCCCAGGAGCAAGGAGCCAUGGGAUCAGAACCAGAGUCAAAGGACAAGGUGCAGGCCUUGAGGGAUCAGGUAGAUGGGGUGAAAGACAUCAUGACACAGAAUGUAGACCGGAUCCUGGCCAGAGGAGAGAGACUGGAUGAUCUCAUGGACAAGUCAGAGGACCUGCAAGCGGGGGUCAGUAGUGACACAAUCGCUCAUAUUUAUGUGUUUGCAAAAGUCUCCUGACAGACAAUGUUAAGACCCUAAGAUGUACUUGUGGUGUGGGUACAGUGCAUUUGUUAUGAAGAUGUUAGUAAGCUAUGACUAAUGAGGAAACAAUCAGGCCAAUUAAUGCUCAAGACUUGACACAUUACAAAGGAGAGGUGGAUAGGAGUGUGAGCACUUUUGUUUCCAUCUGAACAUACGUCUGGGUGUGGUGAUGUUCAUUCCACAGUAUUUCAUUUUUGCAGAUGAUUGCACAGAGAACUUUAUAUAUGCAAUCUGAGAUCUACCCAAAAAGUGGGAUUUCAACUCAGCUAAACUCAGCUAUCCUUGUGAUUUUUAGUCCUAUUGAAUGCAGCAGCAGAUCUAACCAGACAAGCACAGAGAGAAGAUCAUUUGUUCUCAGUGCUUUAGAGGACUCUACACUGUGAUUGAAAAUCCUCAAAUGAAUUGUUGCUAAGAAGAAAAAGACACUUCUUUCUCCGGGUAUCUUGAAAUAGCGGAGAGGUUGGAUAAAGAGGGGAUGACACUCACAUUUUGAUAACCCGCUAAAGCACCGCCUCCUUCUGUUUGGACAAGGUUCUAGCAGUGUCAUCAUAGCAGCAUCCCACCUUCACAGACCCUGUGCAGAUCCUCCACGUGGGGCUGAAUUCAAAACCUUAACCUUGAAUUAAAACACCUCCAUACAAGACCUUAAAUUUCAGAUUCUGAACUCGAGGGAAAGAAGGCCACAGGAUGGUAUUGUUAUUAUUAUUAUUAUUGCUUAAGACUGGAAAAAAAGCUGAUGCUCUGCUGAAGUGUGCUCCUCUUUGUGUGAAUAAGCCUGGUGGUUAGAAUUUGUCAGCCCCUGAAAAUAUUUGAGUACAUGUGAUCAACUCCUGAUAAUAAUCUGGCACCCAGCAAACCUUCUUAGGUUUCGUAAGACUAGAACAGGGGGUCUGCACUGGCGCUCUGUCUCUUCAUGCACAACAUGAAAAAGUUCACUGUGUUAUUCUUUGAAGGGGGUUAUAAAAUUAGUGAGUUUGAGGGUCAACAGUUGAGAUAACUAAAGUGUUUCAACAAGAACUGCAGACUAAAUGUCGUUUUACCUCGUUCAGGCGCAGAACUUUAAGCAGACUUCUCAGAAAGUCGCCCGCAACUACUGGUGGAAGAACGUGAAGCUGGUCGUGGUCAUCGUGGUGGUCGUCCUCAUCAUCGUCCUCAUCAUCAUCCUUCUCGCCACCGGAGUGAUUCCCGUCAGCGCGCCGCUGCCUCCUAUAGUCAAACCUACUGACAAGCCGUAAACACUCACACAAAUCAUGAACAUAUCUACAUAAAUAAAUCAUAAACAGUCAGUGGUCACGUAAGAAAUAUCUGUUAUAUCAUUUUAAUUAAAUGCAUAAACUAAGGCACGUCAUUAUUGUCCGGGGAAAUCUGUAGUAUUGUAGUUUGGAUGUUUAUCAGGCUCCAUUAUGAUAACAUUUUUUUCAUUCGAGUCAUUUUGGAAUUUGAACUAAAAACACACUAAGAACAGUUUCACUGUCAUCGGUCUCUCCAGUCAGAGAGACAGUGAUCAGAGUGACUGGAGCUGAUGAUUGUGCAAAAUAUCAUGUUUAUUUUGUGCGUUAUCACCUCUUAAAAGACACAAAUUAGCGGCUCUUAAAGAUCACGGGCGACUAUUUUUCCUUCGAUUGGAUCUUGGUCAGUCUAGAGCGAGUUGAGGUCACAGUUUGUUCUUAUGUUUUCUGUGUAUGUUUUGAUUUAUGAGUUUGUUACUUUCAAAGCGGUUCCUAUUUCUUGGUAGUUAGACUAUGCAGUAGUAACCAACCCACUGAAAUUCCUCAUCUUAAAGAUAUGCACUUAGCACUACUUUAUUUCCCUUGCAAGAAGAGAGGUAUUUGAAUGCUGUAAAUACCGCACAGCAACAGUUGUUUAGCACAUGUGCGCCAUAAAACUGCAGCUCAGUAGGUCAGUGCUACAGUAUCAUCGAACCAAAUACCAUUUUUCUACAGUUUGUGCUACUUUUGAUACUCUGAUCCCUAAACAAACCACCAGGGUCAAAACUUUAAGAUCUUUUCUCACAGCCCCCCUUUUAUGGUUUUACUCGCCCUCAUUGAAUCAGGUCAAAUAGCUGCUCCUAAAGUUACAUAUAAUAACUAGACAAGUUUUUUCUCAAACAGGGAAAUGUGCAUGUCUCAAAGUCAAAGUCUGGAGCAUUUGGGUUUUUUCUUCUCUCUUCUUUCUCUGCUGUUACAGGACCAGAUAAUUUAAUCUAAAAAAAAAAAAAAAACACUUUAAACUGUAAAUAGUCAACUUAUUUCCCAAGUUUUCCCAAGCAUUAAUCGAAUCUGUUAAUUUAAUACUUUAUAUCAUUUGAGUUCUGUCUGUGGUUAAUCAAAAAAAAUGAUGAUUUCUGUACAAACAGUUAUUCUGAGAUCGUGAACCAUGAGAUGGUACAGCUGAUUUCCUGGUUGGUUGGUUGUCAAAAUGAAGCUAUACAUGAGACUGUGUUGAAACAGAUUAGACCUCCUGUUUUUUUUACACAGCUCUGGGGUGCAAUAGUUGUAGAUUAUCUAUUUAAAGUCUCAUCCUGUCCAGUUAAAGCUGUGCCGGACCACAUGUUUCCAUUGGCAGGCUCCAGCUACCACGGGAGUUUUCCUUGUUUUAAAGGCUCUUAAACCUUCUAGAACAGAUCUGAUGUGAUAGAGCUGAAAGUUAGAGUAGCGGGGUCUUAUUCUGAUGAUUACGUGUUUUAACGGUUUAAUGUUUAAUAAAAAGUAUUUACUACUUCUCUCA